UAGCAGGCGCGUUAGCUCGGCGGCUACUACUAGCUACUACUAGCGCCCUUGUUAGCCCGUUAGCUCUACUUCGCCUUUUCCAGGGAAAACCCCGCCGCUGUUUUCGGAGCCGCGGCGCUUGAACAAGCAAGCACUUUCUUACGCUCUCUUUGACUUGUGAGCGGAAUGACGCCUUUGUUUCCUGUUGUUGUUGGUGCUAAACACGCAGCGAGUUCGUGUCGCGCUCUGCGUUACUUUUGCUUCUCUUCUCGCUCUCUGCCGAAGGCGAAGCUUCCCGACCGACGACGACGUGUCGUGUGCUGUGCUGCGCUGCUCGGUCGGUUAGGCCGCGAAGGAGCCGCCAGCAGCAGCACUGCAGCGCCACGGCCAAGUUGUACCCAGUUUUGCGGCGCUCCUUCAGUCCUUCGCGUCCUUGCAGCCUUACUUAACGCUUCCAAUUUUACUUGGUUUGACAGUAACUGACCGCGUGCUCUUGUUCCUGCCCUGCCCUGCCCGCUAGGUGGCCGCUUAGUUUUACCGCUCCCCUUAUUCUAAUUCUGGUAAAGUAGACCGUGUCUUUUUGAGAUGCGAUUUCAGCCGUAUCGGAAGGACGUCAUGAUGACAGUGAAGCACUACGGAAUGUACAGUUGGGGUCAGACCUCUAAAGGUAACCCCUACAUUGAGAUCAUUGAACAGCCCAAAGCGAGGGGAAUGCGCUUCAGGUACAAAUGUGAGGGCAGGUCUGCUGGCAGCAUCCCAGGGGAGAAGAGCAACGACACGACCAAGACACACCCAGCUAUCAAGGUUCAUAAUUAUAAUGGCCCCAUUCGCGUGCGCAUCUCCCUGGUGACUAAGAAUGCGCCAUACAAGCCACACCCCCAUGAGCUGGUUGGAAAGGACUGCAAGCAUGGCUACUAUGAGGCUGACCUGCAGGAAAGGCGUGUCCACAGCUUUCAGAACUUGGGCAUACAGUGUGUGAAGAAAAAGGAUGUGGCUGAAGCUAUUGCCUGCAGGCUGCAGACAUUGAACAACCCUUUUAACGUUCCAGAAGCUGACAUUUGGUCGGAGGAGUAUGACUUGAACACGGUGCGACUGUGUUUCCAGGCCUCCAUCCUCCUCCAGAGCGGAGAGCGGUACUCCCUGGAGCCCGUUGUGUCCCAGCCCAUCUAUGACAACCGAGCUCCCAACACAGCAGAGCUGAAGAUCUGCAGAGUAAACCGUAACUCUGGGAGUUGUCGUGGAGGGGAUGAGAUCUUUCUGUUGUGUGACAAAGUGCAGAAAGAGGACAUUGAGGUCCGCUUCUUUCGGGACUCCUGGGAGGACAAGGGUUCCUUCUCCCAGGCAGAUGUGCACAGACAGGUGGCCAUCGUCUUCCGCACGCCUGCGUACAACAACACGAACCUCAACGAGCCCGUGCAGGUGAAGAUGCAGCUGCGCAGGCCGUCUGACGGAGAAGUCAGUGAACCCAUGGACUUUCACUACCUGCCUGCUGAACCAGAUGAGUACAGGCUGAUGGAAAAGAGGAAACGUACAGAGGGAAUGUUCCAGAAUCUCAAGCUUGGUCCCAUUAUGUCAACAGGUUCUACUACUGGAGAGAGGCGACCCUUCACCACUGCCAAGAGAACAGUUACCGUCUCCAAACCUUCCACUGUCAUGGUGCCACCAGUGAAUGCUGUGGUGCCCAUGGUGUCCAACUCCCAAAUCAAGCCUGAGCAGAUCUUCGGUCCACAGCCAGGCCAGUUAUUCUCCCAGCCAAAGCCGGUGGCGACCACCAGCAACACCUGGUUUCAGCCUCAACCCAAAGCCACUGCAGCCACCAACUUCCCUCCUACUGUCUCUGCUCCCUCACAGUCCCAAGACUACUCCACUGUUAACCUGUCUGACCUCUACGGCUACAAUUUCUCCCCCUUCCCUGCCGCAAAGGAGCAGGGAGCAAAGGCUGACAACCGUUUUGGAAGCAGCACUGCAAGCGUAGUGCCCACAGAGGCUCCUCCUGCAGCAGAGUCCUCUAACACUUCCACUCUCUUGGAGGCACAACUAAGAGCGGAGCCCACUUUGUGUGACGUGGAGCUACAUGAUUUCCAUAGCUUCUCCGAGGUGCACACGUCCGGCACGCUAGACAGCAUCAACACAGAGGACUUUCAGGCGCUGUUGGGUCAGACCGGGGACAGCGCUGGCACAGUACCUGGAUUGGGACCCUCUACCUCGACCCACAAUGCCCCUGACUUGUCUGCUGACCAAACGAGCAGCAGCACAUGGAUGACCUACCCCAACAGCAUCAUUAAUCUGCUGCAGAAUGAAGGAAUAAUGGACAAUGUGCCAGCUCCCAGUUUCUCAGCGCUCGAGGACUUGGAUGAGUUUGGAUCCCUGGACGAAGACCGUCUCAUGUCCAUUUUUAACAGCACCAACCAAGCUGGCUUCAUGCCUGGACACCCCACUUAAGAUGACUUAUAGAACUGACCCCCAAAGAACAAGGCAGCACUCCUCUCCAGCUGCUGGGAAGACUUGCAAAUGUGUGUUUGCAGACAGUCAAAGGUGUAAUGAGGGUUGUGCUACUGACAGGAUGUUUUCUUUCUCUUAGUGAGCACACAUGUGUUAAGCACCCUGGUUAGACAUCUGUGUUAAAUACACAGGUAGAGAAAUAUAUAUAAAAAAAAAAAAAAAGGUUAUUAGCUUAUAUUUACAGGUCAUAAAUACUUUUUCUACUUUAUGGCUCCCUUUAAUUACAAAAAAUAUACACACACAUUCUUCAUUGGUAGAAUUCCAAUACGUUUACGCUGCAGGUCUUAAUACCCAGUUUAUCCCCCCCUCCCACUCCUUUUUGGCCCAACUGUUAAUGUUAAAUUUUGACCCAUAUUGAAGACUUGUGCAAACUUAAUGUUGAAAGACCUGUAUGUACAUAAAAACAGCAGCUGACCUGGAUGCCUUUACUGAAAUAGCAUGAAUGGAAUCAAGUGAACUAUCCAAGUCUCUUUAGAGGUACCCCUUGCAUUGUUUGAAUAUUAAUAUCCAAAUGAUGGAUAGUUAUUUUUUACUCCAUGUCAUUUACCUGACAUCUUUCUCCAAAGCAACUGACAGUGAUUUCCCAUUGAUACUGUAGGGCAUUUUACUGGAAAACUUCCGGGUGAGUACCUUGCUCAAAGGUGCUAUAGCAGGUGCAGAUUCACACCAGCAUCCUUCAGACUAGAAAGUGCUGAACGCUAUGCUAUGUGCUGCUGACAGGAAUGUGCCGUUUGAGUGCUUUACAGUAACCUGAUCAGGGUCUUUGCUAAAAGCAUUGUAGAGCUCUGCUGAUCACACAGUACAGUUUUACUGAGCAUUUUGUAGUUUUUGUCUCUGUCCAGAUUAAUAUGAACCCCUGUAUGUCCUGUUUUGUUAGAGAUUAUCUCUUACUUAUGUUUGAUUGAUUACUGAUUAUAUUGAUUUAAUGUGUCCAGUGAUUCAAACCACAUAAAAUCAAACAUGCUGGUGGAGCUUUGGGGGCUUUUUCGGUCUUGUGAAGCCCAAUUUGCGUUGGUCUGAUUGUUAGUGGUGUACCAUAGCACUGUUUAAUCUUUUUACUGAAACAUGAGCAGAACUGAACAAAUUACCAUUGAUCCUCAUUUGGAUAAAGUGAUUCCUGAAUUUUUGAGAUUGGCCAAGACCAAUUAUAUUGAUGUAACAGCUGUAUAAUUGGGGGGAGUGACUGCAUUGCUGGUCCUUCUAUUACAGGCAUUUCUGGAAUAAAACAAGUUCAGGUUAACCAAAUUUUAAAGGUGAUGCAUUGAAAUGAUUCCUUCGUGUUGUUCCAGUACUUUGUUUAAAAUUUGAACCUUGUGUUUCAUUCAAUAAAACAUGAUUAGAUCUGCAACCGAAACAGCACACACAAUACCCAAGGACCAUGGUGGUUGACCAGUAAAGGAUUUUAUACAGCAUUAUAAAAUACCUACAGGUUUGAAAACAGAUCUGAUGUUCAAAUACUAUGUAUAUUUAAAAUCUGGAGAAAAAUUAUUAGCUGAUUUUUUGCAUUGAUGUAAACGCAGCAGAAAUACACACCUGAUAGCCUGUUUCAGACACAUUUGUGGUAGGCUGAUGUUGGGCUCCUCAGUCUUGUAUGAUAUGUAAUACACUGGAUCAUUCAGUUGCCUUGGUUUAUUCACAUUUAUAGAUACAGUAAUUACAAACUGAUCAGUGAUGAACUGGCUGAAUUUCAUAGUUAUGUAAAUGGGAAAUCUGUGAUGCAGCACCUGUUUGAACAGGAGUACAUUGUUCAGUUUGUCACUGACUGGAUUUUCUUGUUUGCGUGGUCCUAACUUGAGUUGUGUGGAUACACUUCAAAAUAUACUGUCUUGUCUUUUCAGGGCACCUAAACUAAUUAUGAAGCUCUAUAAUGUAAAAUAUACAUGGACUUCAAAUAAUUGGAUAUUGGGUUGUUCAAGGUUCUCCGACUUCAGUACACUGUCAGUAUGUGACAGUUGGAUGUAGACAACAUUGCAGCCAUGUCUGUAGAUUUAAAGGAUUUUUCUGUAAGCUGGAGAGUAGUUUAUUUUCAAGAAUGAUGUGUAAAUAAAUUCUUUCAUCUGAAUUUCAUACUUCAUAUGUAUUUUUUAAAUAUUGGAAUCAUCUUUUUUUUUUUAAUCAGUAGUGUAAAUCUGUAGUGAGGAUAGGGUAGCUAGACAUACUGUGGAAGACUUGCAGUAACCUUUACCAUAUUUUACCCGAAACAUUUAAUCUGUCACAUUUAUUGUGGCCUGAGGAGGCAGCAAAGUAACUGUAAAAUGCAUAUCACACUGUAUACAUGUAAUCUGAUACAAGUAACAUGUCUUCAUUUCAUUGUCCAGCAUAACAGGUGACAUUUUUCUGGAUUGGUAUGACUAGUGUCACAUGCUUUGUUGUUUCCUGCUUUGUUGGUAAACUGCAAGUGAAGUUGAUCUGUUCAUCAAAUAACUAUGUGACUGUUCACAUUCUGUACUGGCUCUAAAUGUAUUCAAGUUACUCUUAGCAGGUCUUAAUUAAAAGCAUUAUGCUACUAAUACUAUU